AUGCGAUUACGACUGUUAAUUCUCUGCUCCAUUUUUCUAUUGGCCUAUUCACAAAUCGAAACCCGCCAAUCACAGGGCAAGAAGGGCAAAUUUUUCGUGCACGCCCUCCAUUCGGCAAGCUUUUUUAAAACUACUGUCCCCGUAAAAUGGUCAGCUACUAUGAAAGGUCGGCCGAGUCUGCCGCAAUGGCUGCACCUUGUCCCUUCACAACGGCACGAAGCCCUAGCCUAUUUGAUAGGUACGCCAGUUACGCCGCUACGGCAGAUGACCAUUCACGUGAUCGCGAAAAGCUUACAUUCCGAUGAGAUCAAGCAGCAAUUUAUCGUGAUUAACUUGACAGAGGACUCAAAAUACAGCUCCGCCACCACCCAGGUCCUCGAUCUGUACAUCCGCAACUAUGAUGCCGAAUCGUUGAUCUCAGAUCGUAGCGGGCUAAUUGGCAAGCUGGAGGCGGCGGCCAAGGAAACAUUUGUCGGCGCCCAGGUCUACCCAUAUAUUUUCAACAUCAAGCCCUCGGCCGACAUCCACGGAUCUCGGCAACACCUCUUCGACCGCCACAAACCGGGCGCUAUCGUCCAGAUCGGCACCCAGAAGGGUUUUUACAAGAAUUUGCACGACAUGGUCCGAACGCUGCGCAACAAGCCGAUGUUCUGCGUCAGGAAUGAACAUGUCCCGAUCGACAAGAAAUUCCAAAACUCGUUCGACAUCGAUUGGUGCCGGACGCAAGUACACGUCAUCAGCAAGGGCAACCAGGAUAAAUAUGAAAGGCAAAGCCAUGGCUCCACGGAAAGCGCCAGGCCGAAAUCCUCUGAAGCCCUGCUGACAACGACGACAAUGACGAGCGAGAUCCUUGCCCCAGUUGAUGGCUACUCGUUUUGGGAUUCAAUUCUGGCGCUUCCGGUUUUUGGGAUGGCCGUUAUUGUGAUUCUUCUGAUCCUGGUCGUCAUCUUUUUUGGAUGUCGCGAAGGGCAACAGUGGCGGGACUACAAAACUCCGAAAGAACAACUGGAAGAGUACGUCUCCGUCCGGGACAGCCAGAGGCACCUUCGAGAACUUUCGGUUCAACGUCAACUUCUAUUGAUGAGCAACGAUCGGGAGAACAGCCAGGCGCCUUCAGGUAUCCACUCAUUUUUGCGGCCAAAAAGCCGAACAAGUUCUGUGCAACAUUUACCGCCUCGACUGCCACGACACUAUAAAAGUGCUUCGAGGAUAAACGAUAAUACCUCCGAGAUGCUCGGCUCUGGGAUGGAAAUGGUCCCGGUUGGAAAGCAAACCGUUGCGGAAGCGGCAAAGCAGUGUGGAAGUAGCCUACAUUUGUAUAGAAAUCCCUUGGAUUCAAAUAGCGAUCCUGAUCAUGAAAACGAAGAAAACGACAGCUUGGAGGAGCAGCCGACAGGAAGAUAU